UAAUAGAAAUUCACAGAAAACUGGGACAUGUCGCUUCAGUAGCCGGCCCUGAAGUUAAAAGAGGUCUAUAUCCUCAGAGUAGCUUGCGAAGGUCCAGGAAGUUGGAUUCAACAGCCGUACUGGGGUAAAUCCUCACUGAAGAAGAAGAAAAAGUUGGAAAAAUCCGCAUAAAAUAUGGAAAAACGAAAGAAACUCUCGGUUCCGGACGUUCGCUGUACGGCGUACAUUUCCAAUCUACCCUUCAACUUGACCAACAUCGAUGUGAACAAGAUAUUCGCUACCUACGGCAAAAUAAUCAAAGUGACAAUACUACGCGAUAAAAUGAGCAGAAAAAGUAAGGGUGUGGCCUUCAUUCUGUACUCGACGCCCCAGGAAGCGCUGAAUUGCUGCAACACCUGCAACAAUAAGGAAAUGUUCGGACGCACACUGAAGGCCAGCAUAGCAAAGGAUAAUGGAAAAGGGGCUGAAAAUGCAGUACGGAAGAACUAUUCCAACAAAACUCGUUGCUUUGAGUGCGGUAGCGAUGGUCACAUGAGUUACAGCUGUCCCAACAACGUGCUGGGCAGUAAAACUCCUCCUCGCAAAGCCAUCAAAAGCGGAAAACGGAAACAGGAUACCGUUGGCGAAUCGUACGCAGAAUCUGGCAGCGAUUCCGAUCGUGGAUCGGCAUCAAAUGUUCAUCCACCAACUGCUAUUAAAAGGUUAAAGUACAGGAAAAGUAGCUACUUCAGUGACGACGAAGAAUUGGACGAUGGAAAUAGCUAGAGGACUGGUUUUUGUUUUUUUUUUGUAGAUUGAUUAACAUGUACAUACAUUAGAUUAUAGGAAUAUAGUAAGAAAUGGUGUAUCAUUCGAAAAUGCGGAUUCUUCUUGCUAACUUUUACCAAAACGUGUAAAUAAUUAACUGUAUUAACUUAGCAGCUGAUCCUAGGAAGAAUAAUGAAUAAUAGAGAAGCUAAUAGGAAGUCCUGGCUCUUUGAAUUCAAAAAUAAGUCGUCUAUAUACUUCAUUUUCAUCUCAUUUUCGUCCUUAUUGCGUACCACUCGGAAGGCUGAAACCACAGCAAUUACAGGAAAAGUUUACCACAGAUAAAAAUGGAAAUCAAAUUAAUGGAAAAAAAGACGGUUGUUUCAAGUUUCCGAAUUAUUCUUUUUAUUGUUAGCAACAAAAACCAUUGUUCGGCUCAUCUUUUCGGUCUGAAGUAUCCUUAUCUCUUUGCGAGUUUUCCUUGACGAAUGUACACUUUCUUGGAUUCUUUCGUUCCGUGUUUCAGCAUCACCUACGGUAUUGUGAGUAUUGACUGUGUGUUUAAGGAUAGUUUGUGUGUUCCAG